AUGCGGAUCCCCUUAUUACCAACAGCAACUGCACGGACAACACGGUCACCGAGUCCCGGCCGCCUCUCGGGGGCAGCGCUGCUGCUGCUCUCGUUGUCGUCUGUCUGCAGCGCCAGCGCGAAUCCCAUCGACAUUCGCGGUGCGCUCGGGGCUGCCGCCGCCGCCGUUGUCGCCAAGGACGACGCCGCGCUUCAUCUGCCGGUGCGCCGCCAGUCGUCGGACAAUUUGCAGACGUUUGGGGAAGCGCUCGGCGGGAAGAGCGCCGCGGCCAUUACGGAUUCGGGGGACGGGGAGCGGGUUUUUGCGGUCGAUGGGGAUACUUUUAGGCUGCACAAAGGACGUGCGAUAAUCAGUUCAACGAAUGCGCAGAUCAAACUGCGCUUCCGCUCAGAGUUCUGCUUCAAUAACGACCUUCGGUGCCGUGGCACUGCAAACUGCCGCAUCUUCAUCGUCAUCUUCUUCUUCCUCUUCUUCCUCGUCGUCAUCUUCAUCUUCCUCCUCAUCUUCUUCCUCAUCAUCAUCGUCCUCCUCCUCCUCAUCCUCGUCAUCAUCCUCAAGCACCCUCACGUCCGCUCCGGAAAAACGACCACCUCCGCCGCGCCUGAGACGGCCGCGCCUGAGACGGCUGCGCCUGAGACUACCACGUCCGAACCACCUGAAACCACUGCCGCCGUGGCACCUGCUACUAGUAUUGAAUCGAGUAUCGAAAGCGUGCCGGCAGUCAGCACCACCGCGGCCGCCGUGACGGAACCGACCACAGCUGCCCCUGUCGCUGCCACGUCAGCGGAGGAAACGACAGUGAGCGCCACGCCUACGGGGACGAUCAACAUCGGACCGGAUCCGGACUUCCCUGAUUUUGAUUUGAUUUGUGACGAGCUCUGA